GUUUCCCUAUAAAAUAUACCUAGACGAGAUCUAAAUGUAGCCUAAUGUAUAAAACUACUGGUCCUACGUGAAAAAGUAACAUUUGAGAUUUUUUGGAUACAUUCAGUUGUUUCCUUUGUUCAUAAGAUCUAGAUCUACAUACAGAACUUGAAAUAUGCUAGUCACCUACAUUAUAUCCGCCAUAUUGGCAUACUUUGUUGUCAAGUAUGCCUUAAAGAUCUAUUACUACCGUAAAGCAUACUUCAAGCUGCCAACUAUACCAAACUAUAGCUACCUGACUGGAACAUUGCACAUGUUCCCAGGAAAUAAUGAAGAAGGUCUCAAUUUUGAUUUUGAAAAUGCCAAAAAGUAUUGCUACUUCCACUUGGUGUGGGCAGGUCCAUUCAUCCCAGCAGUCAUCACUUACCAUCCAGAUGUUGUAAAGACCAUUCUCAAAUCAUCAGCACCAAAAACAAGAAACCCAUAUUGCUCUAGUCCCUAUGACAUGGGGAUUCGGUGGCUUGGAGAAGGACUUCUUAUUGCCAAUGGAGAAAAGUGGGCCCGUAGUCGAAGGCUACUGACACCUGCUUUUCAUUUUGACAUUUUAAAGCCUUAUGUGGAGGUGUAUAAUCAGUGUGCUGACAUCCUUAAUGACAAAAUUGGUGAGUUUGCAAAAAAUGGGCAGUCUUUUGACAUGUAUAAUCUGAUCAAUCUGGAUGCCUUGGACAUCAUCUUGAGGUGUGCAUUUUCUUAUCAGUCAGAUUGCCAGACCAGAGGGUCUAAAAAUAAAUAUACUACUGCAAUUGCUGAACUACAAUCGUUAUGGUCAGGUAGAGCUUUAAAGCCACACCUGCAUCUAGAGUUUAUAUACAGUCUGACAGCACAAGGGAAACGGUUUUACGAAUUGUGUGACAUUGCGCACAAGCAAGCAGAGGAAGUUAUAGAAAAAAGGAAACUUGAAUUGGCAUCAGAUCCUGAUUUAGUGUCAAAUAAAAAAUGUAAAGAUUUUCUGGACACAUUACUGACUGCCAGAGAUGAAGACGGACAAGGUUUGAGUCCAUUAGAGAUCAGAAAUGAGGUUGACACAUUCUUAUUUGAAGGUCAUGACACCACAGCUAGUGGUAUGACCUGGACAUUGUAUGCCCUAGCUGAACACCCAGAGUACCAGGAGAAAGUUUAUGAGGAGAUUGUGGAUGUAUUACAAGAUAAAGAAUACAUAGAAUGGUCUGACCUACCUAAGCUUGAGUUCACCACAAUGUGUAUAAAGGAAGGGUUACGACUCCACGCAGCUGUUCCAUUCAUUGAGCGCAAACUGACAGAAGAUGUGAAGGUUAAUGGAUAUACUAUACCUGCAGGAACUAGAACUGCUGUCCACAUAUGGAUACUUCAUCAUAAUCCCCAUGUAUGGGAAGACCCUCUUGAAUACAAGCCUGAAAGAUUUCAUCCAGACAAUCAAAAAAACAUGGACCCAUUUCAGUUUGUGCCAUUCUCUGCAGGACCUAGAAAUUGUAUAGGUCAGAACUUUGCAAUGAAUGAAAUGAAAACCACAAUUGGUAGAAUUAUAAAAAAUUUCAAACUGAGAUUAGACCCUGACCAGAAAGCUCGUCGCACUCCUACAGUCACUAUGAAAGCAGAGAAAGGUACCUUCAUCUACGCAGCACAUCGAUAGAAAGAAUGGCCUAUUUUUUUUUCCAAUUUGUAAAUUCAAUUAAAGAAAUGUAAAUCAUAGAAAAGAACCGUAUCUAAAAUUAAUUUUAGGUAUUUUUAUUGAAAAAAAAAACAAACUAUAACAAGUAUGUAGCUGAAGCUAUGAAUAUACUAUAAAAGUAAUUUUGUUACUGAAAUAAUUGUAUCUUUAAAUAAUUGUAUUAUUACAAUACCUCUAUUCAAGUCACUCUUUUGGAGGUGAACCCUAUAGGUGGGCAAAGAGUGGGUGGGAGCAAUUCUCAAAAACAGCUCUAAUGAUUUUCCUAGAAAUUUGACAGUUUAUAUAUAUCACAAGGAAAAGGAUCUCGUUGAUCACAAUGAGAGUACUCUAGCUUGUCAUAAGUUUUCAAAGUAUAGAAAAAUAAUAGAAAUUUAGCCGGAAAACUAGAAAAUCUUUUUCUUGAACAGUCUAUACUCUUCGGGUAAUUCUGCCCCAUUAAUUCAAGAGUUUAAUAAGUUGAUGUUCAGGAACAUGUUGUGUGAGUCUUCUUAGUCUUGAUAUAAAAGCCUAUCAUUAUAAUAUAGUCUAGUACGUUUAUACCUUCGCUUAAUAAGAAUUUAUUCUCGGCAGAGGGGAUUUGGGGUGGGAGGGAAGGAAAUGGGACGGGGUAAAAAAUUUUCUUUUUAUUUAUAUCUAGCAUUUAAUAGUUAUUAAGAGCAACAUAAUAGCUGUAUAAGAUGCAUAAAGGAGGUAUUGUCUCUUUAAAAAAAAAAGUAUUUUUAUGUUUUUCAUGUUAUAUUCAUGACAUUUUUCACAUUCUUCAAUGAUUUAGCUACAUACAAGUAUUCUGUUUUGAUGUCAAUUUUAUGGUAAAAUCGCCUUGUUUUUGUUGCAUGCUAAUGCUUUGAGGCCUUCAAGGUCUAACUGCAUAGCUUAAUACUAAAAAUAUUAGGAACCCAUUCGGGUAUGAGCACAGCACCUGGUAAAAACAUUGAAAUCCUGAUUAUGCAAACUUGUUUAACUUUAAAUUGUGGUAUUGCUUGAUUUGAAUACUCUUCUUUGUUCUUAUUGAAAAAGUAGUUAGUUACAAAAACUCGUUCGUACCUCACUCGGUCAGACUCUAUCACCGCCACUCAUUGAUCAGGGAACAUGAAAUGCACCAAGAUACCUGUGUGUAGUCGCUGAAUGAACUCUUUAUGUUGUCUGUUGUAUUUAUGUGUAUUUUUCUGUUGUGUUGUCUUUAUAUGAGAAACGAGUCCUUGUAAUCACAACAAAUUUCCGUAAGGAUCAAUAAAGCAGUCUUAGUCUUAGUCUUAGUCUUAGUGAACUUGGUUGAGACCGGUUACUGAUAACUCUAAAUAAAAAAGAAACAUUGAACAUUAUCUGGGGCUCUAUACCUUUUCACAUGCCCAUAACAAGCCAGCCGGUUUAUAGUACUCACUCUUCAUUCCGCUGCUAUUGAUUGAUUUCUAGCAUCUUACUGUGUGUUUGCAGGGCUUAUGGUAUUUUAGUCUGAGUGGAUAUGUUUAGUGAGAGAGGUCUCAUCCCCAGCCCCUCUCCUGCACCAGACCAAUUGGACUGUGUUAUACUCACUUUCAAUUGUUAUAUUAGAAUGGCAUCAAGUUGCUCAAAACUUUUUUUUUGAAGAUUAAAUACACAACUCAUAUACAAAAGAUCAUAGCCUUUUACUUGACUUUUAUUCAAUUGUUUCCCUUUUUUAAGGGUAUAUCUCUUUUAAUCUGAAGUCAAUUCCUGGUACUUUCCACUUCAAACUAUUUGUAUUCUACUGGAAUAUGAUUGCCACUCCUAGACAGGAAAAUAUUACUUUUAUUAUAAGACCAAAAGGUCUUAGAUUAUUCUUUGGUCAGUCAAUUUAAGAGGUAUCAUUUGUGGUGGCUCAUUUGUAAAUGACUUGGUCUCGGGACCAAAAGAUGUGGAGUUCAGAUCCCAUUGAAGCGUGAGAUUUUGGACUUUUCUAAAGAGAUGAUACUCAUUGAUGGCUGUUGACUUAACAGUCCACACUCCCCAGUAUUAACUUACAAGAAUUUCAUCCUACAGGCGAGGCAUGGAAAUAUAAAUUACAACUCAUUUUAAGUAUGAUUUAAUCAGAAUGUUUCUAGUCUUUUGUAUUGAUGUUGUUGUUGAAAACUAAAAGUAUUUCUCAAUU